GUGGAGGCAGGUCAUUAGGAGUCACUCCGGCAAGGAGAGACCAGAGGCCGGAGGAGAGAAUGACUGACCAGGGCAGGGACGGACUGGACCACGCCCAGCAGCCGGACUACGACGCAGACGACAGCAGUCCGAGUCCGCGCAGUCCGGACAAAGCCGGAUUCUUCGAGUACAGCCAACAACAGCAGCAGCAGAGCAGCGCCAACGUCCGCUCGGUUGCCCAGCAACGCGAGAGCGAGGCUCGACAUCAGCGGUCCGUUGCGCAGCAACGCGAGACCGAGGCUAGGCAUCAGCGAGCGUCUGCGCUCCACGAGCAGCAGCAGCAGCAACAACAACAACAGCAGCAGCAGCAGGGCAGCAGUAAGAGCGAGACACGUACCAGCAAGACUACGAGUCACGUCACCAGAGGGCAGACCCAGCACUCGCAGAGGCAACAACAACAGGACAACGACGAGUGGGAGACGGCGCAGACGAUCGACCAGCAGCCGCCGACGGUGGCGCCACCAGCGCGACAGCCGAUCCCCGCCGCGCAUGCGUCGUCGUCGUCUGCGAAGCACGCGUCGUCGGCUCGCCAGAACGACACGAGAACGAAGACGACGGAGACGAGGCACGUGACCAGCAAUACUCAGCAGCAGCAGCAGCAGCAGCAGCAGCAGCAGCAGCAGCAGCAGCAGCAGAGGGACGCCAUCACAGUGGCGGAUGAGUUCAACGCUCGGCCGCUCAGUCCGAGUCUGAGUCCAAGAAACCCGACUGGACCGUUCGGUAAGGCGCGAUGUGCGACUGGCGCUAUCUAA